AUGACCCAGGAUCAGGAAAAGGAGGACUCAAUUGCCCCUUCAGGGGUCAUACCUCUAGCAAAACCGACAGACCAUUCCCAAGGAGCCCACAGCUCCGAGAAGGAAGAUCCUAUCGUUGAAGAUGUCGAGACAGGAAAUCAGACACAGCAGUGCGAUGAACCCCCUUAUUCCGUUUUCUCGCAUCGAGAAAAGGCUACUAUGAUCCUCAUCGCGUCCUUCACCGCCGUGAUCUCGCCCCUGUCAGGGGCAAUCUACCUCCCAGCUAUACCGUCAAUCGCCAGAGACCUAAGUAUCUCCACAUCUCUUGUUAACCUUACAGUAACAACAUACCUAGUCCUGCAGGGAGUCGCCCCGUCAUUCAUCGCUAAUUUCUCCGAUGUAUACGGACGCCGUCCAGCCUAUAUGAUCUGCUGCAUCAUCUAUCUCGCAGCCAAUAUAGGUCUAGCAUCACAAAAUACAUUCGCCGCUCUAAUCACCCUCCGCUGUCUCCAGAGCUGCGGAAGUAGCGCGACCGUCGCUUUGGGCAGCGCCGUAGCCGCCGACCUAGCCACUCGUGCGGAACGCGGCAAGUAUCUCGGCUACGCCGCUAUGGGAAUAACGCUCGGUCCGGCACUAGGUCCCGUUAUUGGCGGGUUGAUAGAUCAAUAUUUAGGAUGGCGAUCCAUAUUUUGGUUCUUGGCCAUUCUCUCUGGUGUAUUAUUUAUAAUCCUAUUCAUCUUCCUUCCGGAAACCUGCCGAAAUGUCGUAGGUAAUGGUUCCGUCCCUUCACCAUGGUGGAACAUGUCUCUCCUAGGGUACAUCAAGCAGCGUCGCCAACGAAACCAGAAGGCCGAGGCCGAUAACGGGACAAUUAAGCCCUCUCGAAAGCGCCCAAAUCCUUUUGCAUCCCUUAAGAUACUUGCCGAGAAAGAAGGUUGCAUUACUCUCGGUUUCGGCUCUAUUAUGUACGGUGGCUACUAUAUGCUUUUAACAACAUUAUCCAGCGAACUUUCGUCACGCUUUGGAUUUUCCUCCGUCAUCAUCGGGUUAUGCUAUCUCCCCCUCGGUGUUGGGAGCUUGUUAUACCGGCAUACCGGUGGUUUCUUACUAGACUGGAAUUUUCGCCGCCACUCGCGAGCCACCGGUAUCGUCAUCACCCACAACCGCCAGCAGGACGUCGCCGCUCUACCUAUCGAAAAGAUCCGCCUUGAAAUAUCCUUGCCAUUUGUUUAUUUAGCAUGCUUAGCCAUCGUGGCGUAUGGCUGGACCAUGCAAACCAAGGCGCCCCUGGUAGGCAUCGAGAUCUCGCUAUUCUUCUGUGGGUUGCUCAUCGGAGCUGCUGUAAAUGGACUGAAUACGCUGAUAGUGGAUACGCACGUCAAUAUGCCAGCUACGGCGGUCGCGGCGAAUAAUUUAUGUAGAUGCCUCGUCGGUGCUGCGGCGGCGGCAAUAGGCGGUCCUUUGACAGGGCGAAUAGGAAUAGGCUGGACAAGCGUCUUUAUCGUCGGCGUUGUAAUUUUCCUGAGUCCUUUGCUAUGGUUGGUAAUGGCCAAAGGACCAACAUGGAGGCAGGCAGAGAAGAACAAGGAAAAUCCAAACACGGAAGAUGAUGCCUGUAGAUAA